AGAGCUCUGUCCUGAUUGGAUCCAUACAAAAUCUCUCUCUCUCUCUCUCUCUCUCUCUCUCUCUCUCUCCCUACUUGUAUCGGACAAACUAAGGUUUAUGACUGAAAGAGAGGAGAGGAUCAGGGAUAAGACGUAAUUGGGAUUUCAAAUUCAAGCAUUUCUAACAACAAACCAAAGCUGAAGAAGCUCAAGCUGCUGCCUCUGCCUGUGGGUUUAACCAAAAGCAUUCGUGAAUUCUUGCUGAUUUUCGGGGACCCUUUUAGCCCUUUCUUUCUUUCUUUCUUUCAUAACUCUAGUAGCAUUUCUCUUAUGCCCAUUUAAGUGGGAGUUUCGGGUUAGAAAAUGUCUAGGCCUCUGCAUCGAGGCAUAUCAGGUAUGCGGAUCUCAGGGAACAACCACGAUUUAUGGGACUCCCAAAUGAAAGAUAAAACAGAAAAGGAGGAUUUGGAUAGGAAUCGUUCUUCGGAUCACAGUUAUUUAUCCCUCAAGUUUCCUUUUCCAGUACUUCUCCCUGAUAAUGAUUCUCCUUCUAAAUAUGGGAGCAGUGAAAAUGGCUUUGCAUCUGAUCCAUUCAGCAUUGGGACUCCAAGGAGCAGGCACAAAUUCACGUUGCUACUUUUGAAGUUGAGCUUAGCUGUGAUUUUAGUUCUUGCUCUUACAGGAUCUUUCUGGUGGACUAUUUCAAUAUCAACAUUGUCAAGGGGUCAAAUACUUCAUAAUUAUAGGAAACUUCAGGAGCAACUUGUUUCAGACCUAUGGGAUAUUGGCGAGUUGUCUCUCAGUUCUUCAAGGUUUAAGGAAGUGGAUUUCUGUUCGCAGGAGUCUGAAAAUUAUGUCCCUUGCUUCAAUGUUUCGGAGAAUCUUGCUUUGGGUUUUUCUGAUGGUAAUGAGAAUGACCGUCGUUGUGGCCAAGGGUCAAAGCAAAGCUGUUUAGUGCUUCCACCAGUAAAUUAUAGGAUUCCUCUUCGGUGGCCUACUGGAAAGGAUGUCAUCUGGGUUUCGAAUGUUAAAAUUACUGCACAGGAGGUACUUUCCUCUGGUAGUCUGACCAAGAGGAUGAUGAUGUUGGACGAAGAGCAGAUUUCCUUUCGUUCAUCCUCUAUGUUUGAUGGUGUUGAAGACUACGCACAUCAAAUUGCUGAAAUGAUUGGACUGAGAAAUGAAUCUAACUUCAUACAAGCUGGGGUAAGAACCAUUUUGGACAUAGGAUGCGGUUAUGGUAGCUUUGGAGCACAUCUAUUUCCAAAACAACUUUUAACUAUGUGCAUUGCAAACUAUGAAGCUUCAGGCAGUCAAGUUCAACUUACUCUUGAAAGAGGUCUUCCUGCAAUGAUUUUUUCUUUUUCUUCAAAGCAGCUGCCAUAUCCUUCUCUUUCCUUUGAUAUGUUGCACUGUGCACGAUGUGGCAUUGGUUGGGACCAAAAAGAUGGUAUUUUCUUGAUUGAAGUUGAUAGAGUUUUAAAGCCUGGUGGAUAUUUUGUCUGGACGUCACCUCUUUCGAAUGCUCGUAACAGAGAGAAUCUGAAAAGGUGGAACUUGGUUCGAGAUUUUGCGGAAAAUAUCUGUUGGGAGAUGUUGUCUCAACAAGAUGAAACUGUUGUAUGGAGAAAGACUACUAAAAAGAAUUGCUAUAGUUCCAGGAAUCCUGGUUCAGGCCCCUCUAUCUGCAGUAGAAGCCAUGACAUUGAAUCUCCUUACUAUCGACCACUCCAAGCUUGCAUAGCAGGAACACAGAGUCAUCGAUGGAUUCCUAUAGAGGAGAGGAAAACCUGGCCUUCUAGGUCUCACUUAAGCAAGGGCGAGUUUGCAAUAUAUGGUCUGCAUUCAGAAGAAUUAGCGGAGGACUCUGAAAGCUGGAGAACUGCAGUCCAUAACUAUUGGUCACUUCUGUCACCAUUAAUAUUCUCAGAUCAUCCAAAGAGACCUGGUUAUGAGGACCCUUCUCCACCUUAUAACAUGCUCAGGAAUGUGCUGGACAUGAAUGCUCAUUUUGGUGGUUUUAAUUCUGCACUAUUGGAAGCUGGCAAGUCUGUGUGGGUUAUGAAUGUUGUGCCAACCACUGGACCUAACUACCUGCCAUUAAUUCUUGAUAGGGGCUUUGUUGGAGUGUUGCACGACUGGUGUGAAGCAUUCCCAACGUACCCUAGAACUUAUGAUUUAGUCCAUGCAGCAGGGCUUUUAUCCCUUGAAACAGGUCAGCAGCGUAGGUGCACCAUGCUGGACAUAUUCACUGAGGUUGAUCGAGUGCUUCGCCCAGAGGGUUGGGUGAUAAUACAUGACACGGCUUCUCUCAUUGAAUCAGCAAGAGCUCUAACUACACGGCUGAAGUGGGAUGCACGAGUUAUAGAAAUCGAAAGCAACAGUGAUGAGAGGCUUCUUAUCUGCCAGAAACCUUUCUUCAAGAGACAAGCAAGCUAAUUAUGAAUUUCUCAAAGGGAACCUGAGAAGUUAGAUCUAUUGGUAUUCAUUUUGCAAUGUUAUUAAUGAUCAUAAAGCUCCAUCAUAGAAUGGAGGAAUCAAAAAUUUUUGAACAGAGAGAAGAAAGCAGAAAACAGAAAACGGAGGAGAGAAUUAAAACUGGUGGAUCCAACCACAACUCCUGUGAAGCCGUAAGGCUUACAUAGGGCCAAGUAAUUACUCAGUUGAGUUGCCAAGCAAGUCGACAAAUAUAGAAUCAGAUUCAAUAUCCAUUUUCCAUGCAAUGUGAAGUUACAACUAUGCAACCACAUGAUUUAAGAUUGUGAAGAUGAUUACAGAAUAAGCAAGUCGUAUUUAAUGUACUCUUGGCAGUUCAUUUAUGCAAAGUAGCAUUUAUUUAUUUAUUUA